AUGCGCGUUUUGGUUUGUGGAGGCGCAGGUUACAUUGGAAGCCACUUCGUGCGGGCUCUUUUGCGCGACACGAACCACAGUGUUGUCAUCGUUGACUCGCUUGUGGGGACGCAUGGGAAAAGCGACCAUGUGGAAACCAGGGAAAAUGUAGCGCGGAAGUUGCAACAAAGUGAUGGACCGAAGCCGCCGUGGGCGGAUCGAUACGCCGCACUGGAGGUGGGAGACGUGCGUAACGAAGACUUCCUUAACGGCGUUUUCACUCGCCAUGGUCCUAUCGAUGCUGUUGUCCACAUGUGUGCUUUCCUUGCCGUUGGUGAGAGUGUGAGAGAUCCACUAAAGUAUUAUGACAACAAUGUGGUUGGUAUUCUAAGGUUGCUUCAAGCGAUGUUGUUACACAAGUGCGACAAAAUCAUCUUCUCCAGUAGUGCCGCCAUUUUUGGCAACCCAACAAAGGGCUCCGUGUCCACAAACGCAGAACCCAUCGAUAUUAACGCCAAAAAGAGCCCAGAAAGUCCAUAUGGCGAGUCGAAACUUAUUGCGGAGAGGAUGAUAAGGGAUUGCGCGGAAGCAUACGGGAUUAAAGGCAUUUGCCUCCGUUACUUCAAUGCCUGUGGAGCGCACGAGGAUGGAGAUAUCGGUGAGCACUACCAAGGCUCCACGCAUCUAAUCCCUAUAAUCUUGGGUAGGGUAAUGAGCGACAUCGCACCGGAUCAAAGAUUAACAAUUCACGAGGAUGCGUCAACUGACAAGAGAAUGCCCAUAUUUGGUACAGACUAUCCUACACCCGACGGCACGUGUGUACGGGACUACGUUCACGUGUGUGAUCUUGCGUCGGCUCACAUAUUAGCUCUUGAUUACGUGGAGAAACUGGGACCGAAUGACAAGUCCAAGUACUUCUCUGUGUUUAACCUUGGCACUUCGCGGGGGUACUCCGUGCGUGAGGUUAUAGAAGUGGCGCGCAAGACUACUGGGCACCCGAUUCCGGUGCGUGAGUGUGGCCGUCGGGAGGGGGACCCGGCGUAUCUUGUGGCUGCCAGCGAUAAGGCACGGGAGGUGCUGGGCUGGAAACCAAAAUACGACACUCUCGAGGCCAUCAUGGAAACAUCCUGGAAGUUUCAGCGCACUCACCCUAAUGGGUACGCAUCGCAGGAAAAUGGAACGCCAGGGGGAAGGACCACUAAGUUGUAA